CCGUUGCAUAUCAUCAUCAUCAUCCUUUAUCCGUUGCAGUUAAUUUUUAAGUCCCGAUCCUUCUCCUUCGUCCUUCCUCUUUUUUACGCCGCUCCCUAACCCUUGACCCCUUUCCUUCUCCCUCGAUUCCACUAGCACCGCCGGACCUUUCUCCUUCCUCGUGAGUACGCCACUUGGAGCCUAGGCCAAGCGUCGGUCAUUCUUGGCGAGCCCCCAGCGAUGCCCUUCUUUGCUGUGUAGUGCCUUUUUUUUUUUUUUACCUUCUCUUCGCAAUUUCAAAUCCCCGUCCGGACGCCGCCAGGCGAGUUUAUGCCGGAGCUUCCUCCUCUGCGACGCCCUCCUCUGCCGCGAUGUCCUGUGCCGCGGGAGUCUCACUUCCUUUCUUUCUCUCGCCGCUUUGAUUCUGCGAGAGAGCGUCGGCCCUGUGGUGCUCUCACCUCUGCAAGUCUGGCCGAACACUGGGAACUACAUGCUGUGUGGUCCAGGAUGGGGCAAAAUGACUCAAUCUUGGGAAGUCUCAAAAUUGCUCCAGAUGUUAAUGAUGCUCUUCUACGUGGAAAUCCAGUUGUGGCACUAGAAUCAACAAUUAUUUCUCACGGUAAACAUGCCAUGUUUUUAAGCAUGUUGACACUCUACAAUACAAAUUGCAGGAACAUUAAUGCUCAUGGCUUAGCUUGGGGAAGUUUCCAUAAUCUUCAGACUGCUAAAGAGGUCCAAGCUAUCCUGAAGGCAAAUGGUGCAGUUCCUGCGACUAUUGCCAUUUUAGAUGGAGUUCCAUGCAUAGGUCUGAAUAAUGAACAACUAGAAAGGCUGGCAAAGCUUGGAAGCAAAGCUCAGAAAACAGCUCGCAGAGAUAUCUCUCACGUUGUUGCAUCUGGUGGUAAUGGCGCGACAACAGUGUCUGCAACAAUGUUUUUUGCUUCAAAGGUUGGCAUACCAGUUUUUGUUACUGGGGGGGUUGGAGGAGUACAUAGACAUGCGGAAACAACAAUGGAUAUAUCAUCUGAUCUAACUGAACUUGGCAAAACUCCGAUGGCAGUCAUUUCAGCUGGAGUAAAGUCCAUAUUAGAUAUUCCUAGAACCCUUGAAUAUCUGGAAACUCAAGGAGUGACAGUUGCUGUCUACCAGUCUAAUGACUUUCCUGCAUUUUUUAGUGGAAGUAGUGGAUGUAAGGCACCUUGUCGUCUUGAUACUCCAGAACAGUGUGCUAGGCUCAUAUAUGCAAACAUGAAAUUAGGACUUGGAAGUGGAAUGCUAAUUGCUGUCCCUGCCCCAGAAGAACAUGUUGCUGCAGGAAAUGCCAUCGAAUCUGCAAUUAAAAAAGCAUUAGAAGAAGCAAAGGUAAAUAAUGUGGCAGGAAAUGCCGCCACGCCUUUUCUGCUUUCUAGAGUCAAUGAGUUAACUGGGGGUGCAUCACUACUUGCUAAUAUUGCACUUGUAAAGAAUAAUGCAUUGAUAGGUGCAAGAAUUGCUGUUGCUCUUGCUGAUCUUAGAAGAAGUCUCAAAAAUGGUCAACCACGGUCAGCAUUAUAAGUUUCAGUAGUGCUAUCACAGUCAAAUAUGCCGAGGCUCUUAAUUAAAAUGGAACAACUAUUAUUGCAAAUCUGGAUCAGUCAUCUGUGUAAUUUCGAGGAAUAAUGUGGCAUUCCCAUUUUGAAGGUGUGCUUUAACAACGUGACAUUUAUCACACUAAUAGAUUUGAAGAGCUUGAGCGGCAACUUGUAUACUUUGAUUGGUAUUGAUUUGUAAUCAGAGCUAUGAUUUUUAGAUUGUCAAAAUUCAGAUUCAGAUUGUCAAAAUUCAGGGAUCAUACUUGUCACGACCCUGAGGAGUCU